AUGUCUCAAGAUCCUCGCAACGCCCUCAGCGCCCUUCUCCGGGCUGCUGACAUCCAAGACCACGAACAGAUUCUCAACGCCGCCAAUGCCGCAAUCAAGGCCGACAAGAGCGACCAUGACGCCCAGCACACCAAAGUUGUCGCUCUCCUAAAGCUCGAUCGCUUCGACGAUGCCCUCCGUGUUAUCAGCGGCGGCGGAAUCAAGCUUCAGGCCACAUGCAUCCUUGAGCAGGCGUAUGCGCUUUACAAGACCGGCAAGCUGGAAGAGGCGUCUAGCCUGCUCGAGUCCGCCGGCCUGGAGAAGCGCAGUCUUCGUCAUGUUGCCGCUCAAGUCGCUUACCGAGCUGAGAAGUCGCACGAGGCCGAGAUGAUCUACCGGCGAUUGCUGGACACAGACGCUGCCGGCGAGGAGAGCGACCUCAAGAUCAACAUCACCGCUGCCACUGCUCAGUCUCAAUGGCUGGGAAUUCCGUCCUCCAGCCCCGGCUCUAUCCCCGAAACUUUAGAUACCUUUGAGCUGUGCUACAACGUGGCUUGCGGCGAGCUUGCUCGAGGAAACACCAGCCUUGCCGCUACCCUGUUGCAGCGCGCUGGCAUACUGUGUGAUAACUCGGACGAACUCACCGACGAAGAAAAGAAGACGGAACUGCGGUCCAUCCGUGCCCAGCAAGCAUAUCUGUUUGCCAAAAUCGGGAAGCCCAGCUCAGCCUUGGAAGUGUAUGAGAUGUUGGGUCCUGCAACCGCUAAUGAUGGCCGUGACUUUGCCGUCAUUACUCAAAACAACCACUUUGCCCUGGAGGAGACUGGCAACCCAUUUGUACGCCAGCGCAAGGCCGAGUCUUUGAUGGCAUCAGCAGCCCAGAGCGACCUCUUCAGCUACCAGGCCAACAUUCUCAAACGCAACAACCUAGUCAUCGAUCUCGGUGCCUACAAGACCAAUGGUGUCGCGGACAGAACAGAAAAGAUUCUCAGGCAGACAAGGCUUCCUUCGGCAAAUCCGCAAAUCAACGCUGCUGCCGUCGUCAACGCUGCUGCCCACGUGCAAGGAUUAGACGGCAAGGAGGCGAUCCGCAAACUACAAACCGUGGCUGCCAAACGUCCCAACGACGUUGGCCUCGCCUUGACUAUUGUCCAGCUGCAGCUUGAGCAGCAACAAGCCGGAGCCGCUUUGACGACUCUUACCACUUUCCUCAGCGGCCUAGAGGCUUCCACGGAGGUAAACGACACAGAUGUCCGUUUCAGCCCUGGUCUGGUUUCUCUCGCAGUCUCCUUGUUCCGAUCACAGAAGCGAGAUGCCUCAGCCAAGGCCGAGAUUGUCAAGGCGGCCCAAUACUGGCAGACCCGGCCAUCAGCCCAGUCCGUAGGAUCACUUCUUCUCGAGGCUGGAAUCGAGCUCAUGCGAUCCUCCAAGUCAGACGACCUGCUGCUAGCUGGCGCGUCGUUUGACAAGCUCUUCCGGGAACAGCAGGGCUCUGAUGUGGCAUCGGCUGGGCUGGUCGCUGCCUAUGCGGCGUCUGAUGCAUCCAAAGUUAGAGAGCAUGCCGACCGGCUACCGCCCGUCAACGACUUGAUCACCGGUAUCGACGUGGACGAACUCUUCGAGGCCGGCGUGGCCAUCACGCCCGGCAGCACCGUCUCCAAGAAGCGGCCGGCGACAGAAGUAGGCAACGCCGAAAGGGCAACCAAGCGACGGCGGAGAAAGCUGCCAAAGGACUUUGUUGAGGGCAAGACACCCGAUCCGGAGAGGUGGCUGCCGCUGCGCGACAGGUCGUCGUACCGCCCCAAGGGCAAGAAGGGCAAGAAGAGGGCCGGCGAGGCCACCCAGGGAGGCAUCGUCAAGGAGGAGGAGACGCUGGGGCUCGUGGGCGGAGGCGGCGUCAAGGUGGAGAAGGCGGCGGCGCCUUCGUCGAACAAUAAGAAGAAGAAGAAGGGCAAGAAAUAGGUCAUUGGCUAUCUCGACAGUAAUAUGCAGAUGUGAUGUGGUAACAUGUAUACAUAUGUAUGGCAAGGAGAGAUAUAAGGGUGGAUUGGGGAUCAGGGGGGAAGAGCAGGAGUUGACGGGCUGAUGUUCUAUUUUUGGGCUGCUUUGGAAAAGGACAAAAAGGAGGAAGAAAGAAAUAAGAUAUAUAUGAAUCUACAUCAUCUUCUCACAGC